AGCUCUGAAAGCGACACUCCAACUCUGAAAACACAAUUACACGCAAAAGCCCAAUGCGUGGAUAUCAUGCAGUCACAUGAAACCACUUUAUUUCUAGCUGAUAAACACAAGAGCCGCCACCUCUCGUCCUCGUCCUGGUUUUGGUGCCGUUUUUUUCUCAGUGUUUGACCGAAGAGGAGCCUGGAUUCACAGACAACAACAGGAAUGUGUCUUCCGGUUCCAAAGAGUGAGAAGAGCCGACGGAAGCCCAUGUAGUCUUUGCAGUCUGUCAGGGAACUCCUGCGCUCCUCCUUUGGCUUUCACUGCGACUCAGCUCUGCUGCCGGCUUCAGUUUCCAAAGACUGAAGGAAAAGUCAUUGAGACAAGAGAGAGGCCUCUGUCUCAGAACUGCAGCUGACCUCUGACUGCAUGUCUCAGAGCUUCCACCAGACCCUCACUUCCUCCUCCUCCUCCUUCUCCUUCCACGUCUCCUCAAGGACCCACAUUUCCUCAUAACUACAACCUCCAAACUCAGCUAUUUGACAGCUACGGUUUCAGCAGUCGUUCCCUCGGGGCAGAAGCAUCAGGACUGACCAGCUGUCCCCCGUCCGGCUCCCGACUGGUGCUCCUUCAGUGGGGGAGGGAGGGGAAGGAACACAGCCCAGAACUGUGCGGCUUUCCCUGGAGAUGAAGCUGCAGGCUGUCAUGGAGAACCUGCACAGGCAGCAGAGGGCCAAGCUGCUGAUGGAGCAGCAGCUACAGCAGCAGGCGGCUGCUCAACAGAUCCAGGCCCGUUCAGGUGGAGGAGGGGGAGGGGACGAGCCCAUGGGGAGCCCCGCCCCUGAGGCGGAGCAGGCCCAGAUGGCAGCGCUGGCCGCCAUGCGCGCGGCGGCGGCCGGGCUGCAGAGGGUGUCGGACAGCCCCAUGUCAGAGCGCAGCAGCGGCGGAGAGGAUGAAGGAGACGAUGACGACAACGAGGAAGGGGAGGAGCAAUACAAGGACAUGAUGGGCUCAGAUGAAGAGGAGCAGAUCAAACAGAAAUGGGAUGAGGAAGACUUCGAAGGUGAGAUGGAGGAGGACUUCGAUGAUGACCUGGCAGAGGAGGGUCUGCCGACGGGCCACGACGCCGUGGCUCCUGGGAAAGGCAUCCUCCUGCUGCCCCACCGCCAGCUCCACCCCCACUCACAGCUGCUGAAGGCCCGCCCCUCCGUCGACCAGGAGCCCCGUGUCGCCAUCCUGCCCCCCCACGCCACGCACAGCCACCUGGGCGGCCAGGACCACGGGGAGUGGACCUACGAGGAGCAGUUCAGACAGCUGUACGAGCUGGAUGCAGACCCCAAGAGGAAGGAGUUCCUGGACGAUCUGUUCAGCUUCAUGCAGAAAAGAGGAACCCCGGUGAACCGCAUUCCCAUCAUGGCCAAGCAGGUCCUGGAUCUGUACAUGCUCUACAGGCUGGUGACGGAGAAGGGCGGCCUGGUGGAGGUCAUCAACAAGAAGCUGUGGAGGGAGAUCACCAAGGGACUCAACCUGCCUACCUCAAUCACCAGCGCAGCCUUCACCCUCCGCACACAAUACAUGAAGUACCUGUACCCGUAUGAAUGUGAUAAGAGGGGACUGAGCAACCCCAACGAGCUCCAGGCGGCCAUCGACAGUAACCGGAGGGAAGGCCGGCGACAGAGCUUCGGCACCUCCCUCUUCACCUACUCCCCCAACGGGACGCCCACCAUGCUCUCCUCUCCUAAAAUCCCCAACCCUGCCAUCGGGCUACCGGUGGUCACCAACGGGGCUUCGCUGACGCCCAUUCAGAAGAUAAAGAAAGAAGAGGAGGGAGGGACGCCUCUGCCAGGGAUGGGCGUGGCUCGUCUGCCGGCCGGCCCUUUGGCUGGACAUUCGGUGGCGGCCGUGCAAGCGGCGGCGGCCCAGGCGGCGAUGGCGGCGCAGGUGGCCGCUCUGGAGCAGCUGAGGGAUAAACUGGAGGCCGGAGAGCCGCCGGAGAAGAAGAUGGCCCUGCCCGCUGAGGAACAUCACCGUCUGCUGCAGAGAGCGCUGCAGCACAACCUGCUGGCCAUGACCAGCCAGUUACCCAUGAACAUCCGCAUCAACAACCAAGACGGGAGGCAGGACUCGGCCAUGAACCUCACCACCAACGGCACAAGCAGCAUCAGCAUGUCCGUGGAGCUGAACGGAGUCGUGUACACCGGUGUUCUUUUUGCUCAGGCGGCGGCAGGCUCGGUUUCCUCCUCUGCAUCUGGAUCGUCUGUCUCCAGUAAAGCCGUCAGCAGUCGCAUCGUCUCACAGCAGCAGCAGAACACACCUACCUCAACUUCAUCCUCCAGCAACCCGUUGUCUUAACAAACCCUCAGCCUUUCCCUUUAAUUUUUUUAAUUACCACGCUAAGUAAAGCCAAAAAACAACCUCAUUUUCUACACAAUCUAUGCCAAAAAAAACCAGAACCGUAAACCACACCGCAACAUACAAACUGAAACUCACGUCACUUGAAGUACACUAUCUCAGGUUUUCUCUCACCAACUCACCUCUUUUGUUCUUCAUAGCCAAAAUUAUUUUAAAAAAUAUAUCUCAAGAGAGCCAGUAUAUGCUAAACAAAUAUGUAUGCACAACCUGUGAAUUAUUUAUUUCUGCAUAAAUGUACAGAUUAUUGGAGAACAAAAGAGAAGGUAAUAACUAUAAAGGGUAAUACACUGUUUACACACACAAACACAGCUACUGACUGACAGCGACGUUUUAUCCUGUAGGGGAGAGAUUUUUUUUUUUUUUUUUUUUUAAUUUUAUCUUUUCAAUGUCAUUAUUAUCGUUAUUUUUACUCUCAUUCUUGUGUUUUAUCAUUUAAAUUUUUAACAAUCCUCUCACUGCAGGAAGAAAAUCUAUAUAUUUAGAAUUCUAUUAAAAACUAUGAGAAAAUAUGAAUAUCCUCUAUUUUUAAUCAGAAAAGCUUUAAGGUAUAUGUUGUUUCUUCAGGGCAUAUAACUUUGUACCGUUGUGACCUCAUUUUGUGUAAUGACCUUAUUCAUGUGGCAGCCAUUUUGUUAAUGACUUGCACGUCAUAUCAAUACCAGAUUUUCCAGUUAAAAAAAAAGGAUAUUCCAUUUCAAGAAUCUGCAACAUGAUAUGCUCACCUUUACAAAUAUUUGGUUUUUACUGCAAUUUAGUAGUGGCUAGUUCGCUAAAAUGCUACAUAGCUGUAGUUUUAGCUGAAUACUAACAGUUGUUGUGGUUGUUUUUCCUAAAAUAACGAGCAGAUUCAUUAUUUUACAGUUUUUCUUCACAUAAAUUUAGAUUUUCAUCAACAAAAAGGCCAAGUCAACAAAAAAAGCUGCCUUGUAGUAGCUAAUUAGCUAAAAUACCAUAUGGCAGACAUUCUGGUUAAAUACGAUCAGUACUGUUGUUGCUGUUCUUCUGAAAACUGUCUGAUUGUGUGAUUUUAGGGAUUUUGUGGACAAAGCUUUAGAUGUUUUAUGAAUCAAGGCCCAACAACCAAUAAAGAAACAAAAAACAAAGCAGUCAAGUAGUUGCUAAUUAGCUAAAAUGCUACAUAGCAGUCUUGAAAGCAAACAGUUCUUAAAACAUCUGACUAAUUCCAUACAUUUUCCAUAAUUUUUCUGUUAUCGUAACAUUAGAGUUUUGUUGAUGAAAGGCCUAGUCAAUAAAAAAAGCCCUCUACUAAUUCUUAAUUAGCUAAAAUGCUACAAAGCGACCAUUUUUUCUGUGGCUAAAAUGCUGCAUUACAGUAAUUCUGGUUGAAUACAUGCAUUUGUGGAUUUUCUUACUAAAACUGGUGACUGAAUUUUAGGUUUUUGUUGACACGAGGCCUAGUCAACAAAAAAGCAGCUUAGUAGUCCCUAAUUAGUUAAAAUGCUACGUAGUGACCAAUUUUGCUGUAGCUAAAACGCUGUAUCGCAAUAAUUCAGGUUGAAUAGAUACAGCGGUGGUUGUUCUUCCUGAAACAAUUGGCUGAUUCUAUAAAUUUAGGGUUUUUGUCAACAUAUUUUUAGAUUUUUGUUGACACGAGGCCUAGUCAACAAA